AGAUUACAGGAGGCUCACGUGACCCCCCCGCCGCCACACCCUUCCUUUCGUCACGUCUCCAGGCGCCCCGUGAUGACAUCAGCUCUCCCUCCCCACUCAUUGUGGAAGAUGGCGCCUGCACAGUAAGCGCGCCUCCCCCGCGUGCGGUGACCGAGCUACGAGCACCCUGCAGCGGGAAGUGAGCAUGAAGCGACAAAGCGAACGUGCGGAGCAAAGCCCCGGCCGCGCAAAGAGAACCAGAGAGAGGCGGGAGGAGGCCGGCGGGGCUCACCAUAAAAGUUCAGGAAGGCGGGAGAGGCCCAACCAGGCCGGGGCCUCCUCCUCUUCGUCUUCUUCUUCCUCCCGCCGGCCCAGGGAUCCACCGCCUCGGCCCCUUCUCCUGACUGCUCCUGCCGAGGCGCCGGGCUUAGAGUACAAGACGCUGCUGAUCAGUAACCUGGGCUCUGCGCUGCCCGACCCUCUGCUGGAGGAUUGGCUCUUCCGCCACUUCCAGCGCUUCGGAGACAUCAGUGUGAAGCUGUCACACACCCCGGAGCUCGGCCGAGUGGCCUACAUCAACUUCCGCCGGCCGACCGAGGCUCGCCAGGCCAGACACGCCAAAGUACGGCCGGUGCUGUAUGAUCGGCAGCUGCGUGUGGAGCCGGUAUUCACUCAGCAACCCGCCCGCCGAGCAGAGCCUUCCCCGCUGUCCCUCACGUCUCUGCCCAGCUACCCCCGCUCCACCUCCCCCCGGCAUCUGCUCCUGCCCUCCUCCCUCACCUCCACCGCGGCCUCUGGGGACGGUUAUUAUCCGCUGUACGAGGAGAGGAGCCGGGGGGCCGCCUAUGGCAUGAGCAGCACCGCCGACGAUGAACAACUGGCCCCGGAGGAUGAUCACAGAGCCACCCGCAACCUCUUCAUCGGCAACUUGGAUCACAUGGUGACUGAGGUGGAUUUAAGGAGGGCAUUUGAUAAAUAUGGCCCCAUAGAGGAGGUGGUGAUCAAGCGCCCGGGAAGGGGCCAAGGAGCAGCCUACGCUUUCCUCCGGUUCCAAAACCUGGACAUGGCCCACCGGGCAAAGCUGGCGAUGAGCGGGCGCUUGUUGGGCCGCAAUGCCAUGAAAAUUGGCUACGGGAAACCCAACCCAAGCACACGACUGUGGGUGGGGGGGCUGGGGCCUAACACCUCCCUGGCAGCUCUUGCUCGAGAGUUUGACCGAUUUGGGAGUAUCCGUACUGUGGAUUAUGUGAAAGGGGACAGUUUUGCUUAUAUCCAAUAUGAAAGCUUAGACGCCGCCCAGGCUGCUUGUACACAGAUGAGGGGCUUUGCACUGGGAGACCGCAGGCUUCGGGUUGACUUUGCCACAGUGUCGCCGGACGAGGCGGCCGCAGCUGCAUCGCGUUAUGCUCCUCUCCAGACAACUCCAUACCCUCUGCCCCUGCCCUAUGAAUUAUUGCAAUCGGAAGCCUACAGCAGGCAUCGUACGGCUCUGGACCCGGAUCUGCGAGUAAGAGACAGGACCCCUCCGCAUCUUCUAUACUCUGACCGUGAGAGACCGUUUGUGGAAGCCGGCUGGGUUAAUUCUGAACGGCGAAGCUCCGGCCAAGGUGCGCGGAGCAGGAGUGGGGACCGGGGUGGGGGUGGCAGUUCAAAAACGAGGGAGGAAAGACGGCGACGCCGCAGCUUGUCUGGAGACAGGGUUCGUAGUAGAGCUGAGAGAAGCCCUGAGCGUCAAAGGAGGGAACCUCCAGAAAGAGACCCUGGUACUCCUCCAUCCCCACAACACAAUCACAGACCUUCAUCCCAAGACAAGCCCCGGCCCCCAACUCCUGACCCUCCCCAGCCCCGCAGGAAUCACCAUCCUAGACCCCCCGAGCCACCCGCUGAAAGACAAUCCCCCAGCGCAGAGAAAGGACGGACGCUGCCGCCUCUGUGGUGUGGGCAUUUAGUACUAAAGAACAGCUGUUUUCCAACCUACCUUCAUUUCUUAGAGGGUAACCGUGAUGUGCCGGGUGCCCUUCUCAAGGACCGUUCUUCUACAGGUGGAGGCAGCCUGGCACAACUUAAGAUUGCCCAACGACUCCGGCUUGACCAGCCUAAGCUUGAGGAGGUUACCCGUAAAGUGAGACAGGGCACUGCCGGAGGCCAUGCUGUACUUCUUGCCACACAAGCCCCACAGAAUGAGGGGGCAAUACCUGGGGAACCUGGCUUACAGCGCCGCCUGCUCAGGAACCUGGUCUCUUACCUAAAACAGAAACAGGCAGCGGGCGUUAUCAGCCUCCCAGUGGGAGGGAGCAACAAGGGCAGGGACCCCAGCGGCAUGUUGUAUGCAUUCCCUCCAUGUGACUUCCAUCAGCUGUAUCAGCAAAGUGCUCAGCGGCUUGUGGGCAAGCUAGAAGAGAACAUGAUUAUUGUGUUGGUGAGAGACAGCGCCUGAUCCAAACGUCACUGUUAGACUGUCCUGUGCCUACACUGUCCUCUCUCUGUUAAUGGUUUUCAGAAUUGAUGGGGGGGUGGGCAACCAAAAAAUAUGGGGGGGGGGUCGAGUUAGGACUAAACUGAGUGGAAUAAAUCAUGUAUCACUUUAGUUUGUGUAAAAGGUUCUGCUACAUAAUUUCCAAAGUGUUUUCUAACCUGUCAGCUGUUGAGAUGUUCCAGUGCACAGCAAUGACUAUUGUCACAGGUAUAUAAGGCCUUGAUGAAAUCAUGGGAAGCUUCUCCCACCCCUCUCACUAUAGUCUCUUACAAUUAGGGCCCCUUCUAUAGUCCAAUUCCAGCAGUUAACUCGCUGCGGGACAGAUCAAUUUUCCUUUUGUGUGUUUGCGUGUGUGUUUAUUUUUACAUCCUGCCUAGUGUGCUCAAAAAUAACAAAAAAUAUCCCUUAACUCAAUAUCAUUCAUUAAAAGCUAGUUUAUAUUCAAAAAAUCAUUUAAAAUAAUAAACAUAUAGACCCUAUGGUAUUCUGCCUUACGCAUUUCAUACCCUCUGGUACUUAAUCAUAGGCAUUAAUGUACAAGGUGGAAUACCAUGGGGUCUAUAUGUUCAAUUUUUUAAAUGUUAUUUUGAAUAAAAACUAGCUUUUAAUGAUAUUAAUGAGUUGCAGGAUAUUUUUUGUUAUUUUGACUUUUGUGCCCUUGGAACUGGGGGCUGUAUCCCAGCAACUAUGGCCCUUUUUUGACUGCCCAUUUCUACCCUAGUAUACAAAUGUAAUGUUUUCAUAGUGUAUUCUGCUCCCCUAGCUCAGCAUCGAGCACCUUAGAAAUGCUGUGUGUGUUUUUGGCUCGUCCAUAGUUUGUCCCAUUGGAGACACUAGUUCUGUUUUUAGGUUUGUGUGCCAGUGUUUUGGAGACCUCCGCAGUCGAGAGGAUCCCAAGAGUGCCUUAUGUACAUGUGACACUAGUAUGUGAGUGUGAUGUGGGGGUAGCAGAGCUCUCAGCAGAACCCAUGAGUCUGAUUAGUGCGAUAAAAACUACCUGUUUAUAAUCACAAGCAGCCUCCUAGGAUCAAACCCAGCUAAUUAUUUCUGCUUAAUGAAGCUUGUUAUGUGUGUGAUGAUGGGGGACUUAGGUUAUUACCACUACCUGAAGGACUAGUAUGUUACAGUUUGUGUUACAACUGAGUAUCUUUUGUGCAAUGCAUCUUCAUUAUUAGUCCAGGAACCUAUAGGGAGGUAACACAACGGGAGGAACGCCACAAUGCGGCUGGAGCCGACACGUUGCGAAACGCAUGCAAUGUGUCGGAUGUUCUGAAGAUAACAGGAAGUGAAUGAGAAAUCGCAGGUAAGAACUACAUUUAUCUGACUGUCGCAGCACACUUCGUUUUCAUCUGACAGUCAGAUAAAUACAGUUCUUACCUGCGAUUUCUCCUUUACUUCCCGUUAUCUUCAGAACAUCCGACAUGUUGCAUGAAUUUCAUCGUAUGGCGACGUGUCGGCUCCAGUCUCAUUGCGGAAUUCCUCCCAUAGGGAGGUAACACUGCCCGGAGCAAUCAUAACACUGUUCUUAUGUUUGUUUACAUGUGUGCAAGUGUAUGUGUGUACACUAUACAUAUAUUUCACUUGUGUGUUAUUGUGUACGCACACUCACGGAUAUGCAUAUGUAAACAUUCUUCAGUAUCAGUCUCUGCAUGGAAUAGCACAUCUAUGUGGGUUUUGUGUAUGUAUCUUGCACACACAUACUCAUGGGUCUGUAUAGAUUUCUGAACGAGAUACAUGUGACCAACUGAGGCUUUCCUCACCCUCUUAGGGCAGACACACACGCAAAGAUUCGGGGAGAUUAGUUGCCCGAAGAAGAGGCGAUUUAUCGCUGGGGGACUAAAUCUCCCCGAAUCUUCAUGUUCGUCUCUGCCCUUAGAUGAUGUUGAAUGACAGCACUCAAGUUAAAAAUCAAAGCAUAUUCUGCUAUAUAUGGGGUUAUAAUUACCAACAUGUGUAGAACCAUUUUAAAGAUCCACAAAGGGGAUAUAUAUCUAUAUAUACAAAUUUCUGUUGUAGAAAUACAUGCAUCAACAGGCAAGAUGAACUAGUUGCAGCUCCGAGAAAAACCAACGGGCAUCCCAAGGGUUUCACCAUAGACAUUCCCAUGGCAUCAGUAGCUUGGGGAUCAUACGUGUUGUACUAUGCAAAGAUAGAAUAAAUAGAAGAGGGAGGAAUCACUUAUAGGCCUAAUCUUCCAACCGUUCUCUUAUAUCCAUUCCCUGUGGGUCUUUUCAGGCAGCUGUCGUUUAGGGGCUUUUUGAUGCAUGUAUUCUAAUUUAUUAACUUGUUAAAAUGUUGCCUUUAAUAUAUUUUUGUGGCUUUGUGUAAAUUUUUUGGCAAAGCUGAUGGCACAAUACAGUUUCUAUGGUUUAUACAUUAUGUUUUGAUAUUUAAUUUGAGUGUAUCUCCCCACACCCCUACAUUCUGUCGCUAAGUUACUCUUACUUGUUUUUGCACAUCUCCCUGAGCAGCCCAUACUCUGAUAGAGCCAGUCAUUUGGUGACUUUGCCCAACGACUGGAUCUCUGCCCAGUUUAGCUGCCCAUGCUCUUGAUCCGAUUGCUUGGCUUGCAGUAUAAUCCUUAUAACAUUUAUGUACACCUAUCAGGUAUGGCCGGACUGCAUUAUGAAAUCUGCCCAAUAGAUAUAGGCUGAUAUUUACAGGCACAUAUUGAUUGGGCAGGCAGUCGCGAGGCCCAAUCCACAGGCCAAUAAGCUGCUUUCUUGCUCUGGAGGAGCAGAAUCUGGAACCUAUAUCAGCCCUAACCUCUCCCAUAUUUCACUUUCCAUUUGCACCAAUCCAAUUUCAUGUUGUUCCCUGUUUGAUUCAAGCUGCUUAUUGGUCAGGAGCCCAGCCUAUGACAUGUCAUUGUUUUAUAUUAAAUAGUUCUGUGCUGCUGGAUGGGUAUAGCUGAUCCGGUCCCUGAAGAUGCAUUUGCUCCAGAUCCCAAACUCCUACUAUGUCAUUACAUUUGUUUGACUCUUUAACAUGUAUGUUUGGUGAAUUUCCCAACCCCUUUUCUCCCCCUUCCACCACCAGAAGAAAUUGCUUUUAGUGGCUUUUUAUGUUUCUAGGGAGCCAGUGCCCAGAGGCCAAUAUGUUCUGAAUGUAGAGAGAGAAAUUUAAAUAAAUAACACUGAAUUUUCAA